UCAUAUCCUCCAGAAUUGAUGUUCUUACCUGCACAGACUCAUUCUCAAACCCCCCUCUCACAGUCGUACUUGGUAUCACAUCCCAUUCGUCUUUGUGUUGCGAUUAGCCUGUGUUGGGACAGAUUGUGUGACUUGGUGUUUCGCCUUCAAAUCUACGCCAGUCAGUUUGCUGACUCGACGCUUGGAUUUAUGUUUCCCACAGAUAUGGUUGCCUUGGAGAGGGCCAGGUCUGCCUCUGUGGAUCUCCUCAUUGAAACCUCCUCUUCCCUCGAAAACCGUGAGCCCUCCCAGGACAGUGCCAGGAAGUCUGCUGAGGUACAGGAGACUGCUUACUUGGUCAUUGGGGGAGCCUGCACAGACGAAUACUGCGAUGACUGCCCCAAAGAUCAAAACCAUCUCUCCGAUGAAGAGGAAUACUGUGCUUCUCCCAACAAAACAGUUGGGCACCAAACCAGCUUCCCUGAGACAGCAGCUGACUACUCAAGACCACAGUCCUCCGGCGUGCAAGUGAAAGAGGGCAAAUCUGAAAUAUCAAAACCCAACACGGCUGACACUGGUGCACCCAACUCAACACUGACAUCUUGCUCCGCUGGUGUGGAUGUGCCCGGCACCCUGCCUGUGAACCAGUCUGACUUGCAAAGUGAAAUCUCCCUUCAGGAUAGUACCAUUUCUCGCCUCAUUGAUGCUGUCUCCUUGGACAACGAGAACGAUACCUGUGGGUCUAUAUCUGCGCUGAUUGGUCAGUUUGAUAUUAGCGGCGAUCAGAGCAACCAGACUGUGGUGUCCAGCAUGCAGGGAACCCAGCCCCAUAUCUGCAAUACAUUGACACCUUGCAAGGCCCCACCCCUCAAUUCCUCUGACCCUGCUCUCCUCUCCAGCCCUGAGACUACUGACCAGUCCAUCUACACCAUUCUGGACGAAGAGGUGCUGUCACCCGUCACUGUCUAUAACCUACGAGAGCAGAGCAUUCGGAGCGUAAGGGUGGAAUCUGAGGAGAGCACCCCAGUGGGCAGCCUUGGGCCCUCCCCCGUCAAAAUCCCUCACCCCAGGUUCCCAGAGGAGGAGCCCACCUGGGGUCCCCUGAAGUAUUCUGCGGGCAUUGAAGCUGAGGGUAGCAGGUUACUGUCAUAUUGCACGGUGGGCAUGGAGGAUGAGGGUUGCAGGCUAUACUCACAACGUACACUGGGCAUGGAGGACAUGAGUAAUUAUUCCAGUAAAUAUUCCAGUGCGGGCAGACAGAACAAGAGUAGCAGAGUGCUGUCACAUUCCUCUGUUGAGAUAAAGGAUGAGGACAUCAGGACACCCUCAUAUUGCCCUUUGGGUUUUGAGGGUGAGGGUAGCAGGGAACCCUGGUAUCGCCCAGCAGAGGUUGAGGGUGAGGACAGCUGGAUGCUCUCAUAUGACCCUGCAGGGGUGGAGGGCGAGCGGAACCUAGAGCAAGGCAGCACCACCAUCAGCAGCACGGCCUCCGAUCGCUUCCUCCUCUGCCACAACUCCGUGGGCAGCAGCCUCAUGGAGGUUGAGAUCAACGUGGAUGAGGACCCGCCAGAGGCCCAGCUGACCUCUCCCCGCCACGGCCCUUUGUGGACCGGGACUGGUCAAACCCCCUCCCCCCACCACAGACUCCCAAACCACAAUACCCAGCGUCAACAGAGCUUCCCUGUCACCAGCACCAGAGCUGAAUUCCACCACACCAGUAAUGUGGUCCCACUUAGGGGGGCCCAGCAAUACAGUAACUCCCACCACGGUAGAUACCAGGGGUCAGGUUACAGAUGGCCACCAGCAGACAGAACAGAUGGACACCACAGUGAGUACGCAUCCUUGGACUGUAUCAGUGCUCCCAGGAGUGUCCGGCCCCCUCAACAGACCUCAAAUCACCGUCCUACCUCCCACUCCCACACUGGAAGGCCUCCCGUCACCCCCUUGCACAGUCAUACGGACCCCGCCUUCACCCCGCUCCCUGUCUCCACCGCCUGCAAGUCUAAAAGUCUGGGCGACCUGACCUCGGAGGACAUCUCCUGCAACUUUGAGAGCAAAUACAAGUCCAUCAGUCGCAGCUUUGUCACGCCGACUGUGAGAGACAGGAAGCUGAUGGCCAGCCUGAACAAUCGGCCGCUCUCCGCCGACCCCCUUACCGAGCAGCUGCGCAAGCUGGUGUCGUUCGAGCAGGACGACUGCCCCCCGCCCCUCCCUCUGGCCGCGCCCUUUCCUGCGCAUCCCGUAGGCGGUGAUGAAGACUCCACGCGUGUCCUGUCCCGCAAGCUGUCGUCCCGCAGUCAGAGCCGUGUGCGUCACAUAGCCAGCCGCGCUCGAGAGAGGCAGCAGGAGGCUGGUAAGCCCCGUCUCUCCGGCGCCCCCUGCAGCGCAACUGGAGUUGUGCUCCGUAAUAAACCUGCUGCACAGAACCCCCCCGCGAAUAGGCACUCCACAGGUUCCUACAUUGCUGGGUAUCUGAACCAACUGGAGGACCGGGGUCUGCCUGAGGGUGCCUGUACUACACUGCACUACAGCUACAGAGAUUACUGCUACAAUGAUGACUCUGUGCUGCCCACGGAUUCUGGCUCCCCCUCAGAGCCUGAGGUGUACUUCCUUCUAAGACUGUAAAUGUACUUCCUGCUCAGCAAGUAAAUCUACACUCUGCUUAGGCUGUAAAUGUACUUCCUGUUCAGACUCCACAUGUAAUUCCUGUUCAGAUAGUAAAUUUACUUUCUGCUCAAACUUUAAAUCUACUUCCUGCUCAGAUUGUAAAUCUACUUCCUGUUCAGACAGUAAAUCUGCUUCGUUUUCAGAUUGUAAAUCUACUUCCUCUUCAGACUGUAUAUCAACUGUGAAGGAAAAGCAGAUGGACUUUGUGAAAGGGAGGGUCCCUGACAAAUACUGUAGCAUAAAAAGCAGACUCUCUUAUGUUAUAUUUUAAUAGAGAUCCUUAAUAAGUCUUCCUUCAUAUGUAUGUGUUAUGUGUUUGUCUGUGUUGUACAUAUAUA